AUGAAGAUAGUGGUGUCACAGGUUAUGCCAGAAGAUUUGGGUAAAGUGUGUGAACGUUAUUUAUGUUCACGUUUCACAUCGUUCACGAAUCAAUUAAUUGGUGUUGAACAUAAACGUCAUUCAAUAUUAAACCACAAAUUAGUAUUCAAAAAAUAUACAAAAAAUCCAUUAGAUAAAUUUCGUCGUUUAUAUACAAAUACUAUCGGUAGCAAAGUUAAAGAAGAAAUUGCUAUGCCAUCAAAUAAUAACGUUGUUUUGACAGCAUUUAACAACACAAACUCACAACAAUUGUCCAAUGGAUCUUCCGACAUAUCAGUUUCAUCGCAAGCGUCAUCGUCCGAUUAUUCUCCGUCAAAAUCUCUGUCCUCCGUACAAUCCUCUAUGUCUUCACUGACAUCGUUAUCCAUGGAACCGUUAACGGAAUGGAAAUUAUUGCAUGAGCGUGGUCCACCGUUGGUCCAAUGGUUAAUAAAUAAUUCUCAUUUCAGUGGAUGUCGUGUUAAAGCUGAAAAACAAUUUUGUUUAUUUUGUGAGGCAGAACAUGUUAUUAAAUUGAUUCAUCGUAACGGGAUAUCAACAACAAAUAACAACACAUUUUCCUCACAAGCUGUUGCGCCAACGUUAAUUGUAAGACGUAUAAAAGACAUUUCGACAACGUUCAAACAAGGUCGACAAGAGGAUGCCAGUGAAUUUUUAAUUUGUUUAUUAGAUAAAAUUGUUGACAGUUGUUUACGUUCAUCACAACCACCCGAACGUCUAUUACCAUCAUCGGGUAUAAACUAUGAUAAAUUGUGUCAUAGUCAAACUAUUUUACAUGAUCUAUUUGGACUUGUAUUACGUUCACGUGUACAAUGUGGUCGUUGUCAUCAGACAUCGGACACGUAUGAAGUUCAUUAUAUGUGGAUUGUUAGUGUCCGAAAUCGAUACGAAUUACAACAAUCGUUACAACAAUUUAUAUGUAAAGAAACAUUAUCGGGGGAAAAUUUAUAUCGUUGUAUCAAAUGUAAGAUAUUAGUUCAAGCAACAAAACGAUAUACGUUACAUAAAACUCCAAAAAUAUUAUUAAUUAAUUUAAAACGUUUUGAAUUCGGAAAAAAUUCACAUAAACUAUCACAUUUAGUACGUUAUGCAGAACAUCUUAAUGUUUAUCCAUAUCUGAGUGAAGAAACGCAACAAACAAUUAAACAACAAACAUCAGAUUAUCGUUUGUACGCUGUUCUCGUGCAUGUUGGCUCAUCAAUGCAUAGUGGCCAUUAUUAUGCUUACGUACGAUCACCAAAUAAUUUAUGGUAUAAAGCUGACGAUACGUCCAUGAUCAAAUGUCAAACAAAUGAAGUAUUAAAUCAAUAUGGAGCAUAUAUACUGUGUUAUAUGAACGAAACGCAGCAACAACACAGUGGUAAUGGUAAUGGAAUAACGAAUGGAAUAAAAAUAGCAACAAGUAAAUUAGUCAUGCAGAAUGGAAAAACAAAUGGGAAUACAAUGCCAUUUUAUACCUCAUUACAAGUUCCAUCUAAAAAAAUUCCAAAACAAGUUAAUGCUCAAAAUUCUCUGACAGAGCAGGCAAGUGAUAAUGUCAUCAAAGCACCGUUCAAGAAACCAUCUGUAAUUGCACAAAAUUCCAAUAGUAAUCAGCUAGUCAAGACUAAUGGUUCAAUAGCAAAUGGUAAUCGCCCACCAAUUGUUAUAAAAAUUCAAAAAAAAAUAUCAUAUUUGAAUAAACAACAGUCUCCACAAACAUCUUCAUCUCCAAAUUUGAAUUGUGUGUCUUCUAUUACGUCUCAACAGUCUGCAGAUGUAUCUACAUCGAAUACAACACCAUCUCACGUUAUUAAAUCGCUUAAAUCAUCCUCAACGACAAAUAUAUCGAAUGAAGAAAUAUCAUCGAAGAAAUUAAAUGGACACACUUCAUGCUCGGCAACGUUCGUAACAUCAACUGUUCAGUCGACAUCUUCUCCACUGAAAAUUAUCAUUAAAACAUCACCGACUAAAAUACCAUCAUUACUAAACGGAAAUGGACAUGCUAAGCUGAACGGACUAAAAUCAAUAUCUCAACAUUAUUAUAACGACGGUGACUCAUCUUCUUCAUCACCAGAUUUUUUAUCGGUUGAGAAAAGAAUUGAUGAUAUUAAAGAGAAACAAGAACUGGUUUUGGAGGAAACAUCGAUCGUAAGUAGAGUUGAUGCUCAAUUCGAAUUAAUAAAACCCGGUAAUGAUCAACAAGGAGUAGAGAAUGACAUAUCACAUUCGAUGGAUGAACAACAACAAAUUGUUGGCGAGAAACGAAAAAGACAUCAUGAAAAAAAACGAAAGAAGCAUAAACAUCAUAAAAGGUUUAAGCAUCGUAGUCGUUCACCAACAGAACAGAAUGGUGAAGAUAAUAAAACAAAUAACAGUGAUCUAAAAGAUGACGAUCGUUCGCAUCAUCAUCAUCACCAUCAUCAUCGAUCUCGUUGUCUAUCAUCAUCAUCAAAUCGUUCAUUGUCACCUAUAUCACGCGAAAAACGGCAAAGAAAAAAGAAAAAGAAAGAACGCCGACGACGUGCUGAGCAAGAUGAUCUAUUUGGACAAAUUUUAUUUUAUUAUGCAAAAUUGAUGUCAAACAUCUCACCAAUGACUAAUGAUGAAAUAGUCAAUUUUUCCGAAAUGAUUCAACGUAUUCGACUACUAGACAAGUUUACACAGAUAUUGUUACUUGUUACUGAUGAUUUACGUAGAUCACUUCAUAAACAGCGGAUGCUACCAAAAUUUAUCGAAGAUACUUUUAAAAAACCUGUGCCAAGGAAAAAAGAAGAAAUAAUGCCAGAAAUUCAGCCUGAAGAAAUUGAAGAACUGCGAUUAGCGGAAAAUAUAAUUGAUAAAGCAAAACGUGUUAUUGAAAGUAAAACUGGUGAUAAACAAAGAAAAACGAAUGAAGACAAAGAAAAAACGGUGACAACAUCUAAAUCUGAGGCUCGUCAAGUGCAACAGACGGUAUCGCCUGUACCGUUAUCAGUACCACCACCACCACAGGCUUCAAAUCAACAUAUUCGAAAAUAUACUCCUGCACAUAUGAAAGCACCAUUUCGCACUGUACCAGAAAAUAAACGUCGUAAUAGUCGUACACAUACGCCAACGUUAACGAGUGAACGAAGACGUUCAUUGAGUCAACAACGACGACAACAAUUACCAGCUUCUUCGACAAUCACCCUUAGCAGGAGUAAUACAAGUCAAUCAAUUAAUCGAGAAAGUACGGCAAUUAAAGACAAUCAUGGCCUAUUAAAAGAAACAUAUCAAGCACCUGUACAAAACUCAAACUGUGCUCCGCUACAGUCAUUCCCAUCUAAUGAUUUACUAACAAUACCAGUGGAAACGAAACAAAAUUUCUACCAAGAUGUUCCGUCAAUCGACGAAAAGCUUGAUGAUACUGACGCUACGAAUUUGUCAGAAUUAAAUUGUUCAUUAAUAAAACCAUUACGAAAAUUAUGGAAACAAAAUCAAAUUUAUCGAUCAAAAUUAAAACAAGAGCAUGAACGAUCUUUGAAGAAAGAGCCACCACAAUUUUUAAAACGUGUACAGAAUCAGAUCUAUAAAUCCAAUAAUAUCGAUUCUCUACGUGCACCAGACAUACAAUCACUGAUAUGUUUGGCCGUCAAAUUAAGAUUAAUUCUUCAAUAUUUGUUACAAUCGUGUAAAAGUGAUGAUAAUUUGCUCAAUGGAAUUAAAUGUUUAAUGACACUAAAAUAUUACAUGGAAUAUUAUCGAUCUUAUUUCAAAUAUGAUGUUAAUAUUCUUAUUUCGAAACAUCAUCUUACUCAUGAUAACGAAUUAUUUCCAUCAAUGAAUGAUAAAUAUAAUAUCAAACAUAUUGCUAAAAAAUCUUCUUCUCGUUAUCUGAAUUCACAAACAAACAUGAUGAUAUCCUAUCAAAAAUUCAGUCAACUUGAAGCAUUAACAGAAUUGAAAAUAAAAGAAUUUGAAUAUGAAUGUCGAUUAAUCGAAUUAGAAUUAUCACAAAAGUUAAUUUAUCGUUUUCAACGUUAUACCGAUGGCUCUAUCAACAGAAAAUUAAUACCAACUUAUCGUGAAUUAUUGUCUAUUGUCACAGACAAACAAACAUCGGCACCGAUUAUUGUAGAAAACAAUUCAUUAUAA